AUGAGAGACUACUCGGCGACUCCGAGCAACGGAGGCUCCUGCAUGCCCUGCUGCCAAGUUUGCGUCUUCGUCUUUACCGCAUUUCUCAUCGUUGCAGAGAGGACGGCGCUGAUCUACUGCUUUGUAUACUAUCUGUGGGUGGGUCACAACUACUGCUAUGCACAUCUUGCCGGCUUCACUGCCCUCUUCCUGCUGCCAGGUUGGGGUCCUCAGUGGCUAAGUUACUUGUGGUACCUGUCAGAUGGACGCAUCCGCAGGAAGUCUCUCACCUGGACACACAUACUGCACCUGGGUAUCUUCAAAAGGCUGUGGGAGUGUAUGCGUCUGCCAGAUAUGGAUGUGUAUGGUGAGAUCAUGCAGCAGGCAGACGUAUCUGCCUUACGUCUGCUUGAGGCCUUGGUGGUCACCCUCCCUGAGACGGUGCUGCAGACCUAUGUGCUCAUCUGUACUGAUAUAGGGCUCAAAUCUCCAGCCUCGGUGUGUUUUGUGGUGUGUUUGUUAUCUCUCGCCUGGGCCUUGGUCCUCUACGCCAGAGCCUGUUCACUUAUCAGACCAGGACACUUACAAAUGACCCCCGCUGCCAUUCUCUGUCGACUGCUGUGGAGGGUCAGUAUGCUGGGAUCUCGAUUUGCUGUUCUCAUGCUCUUCACACGCAUCUUCAAACAGUGGAUCCUGGGAGUAAUUGGCGUGCACUGGCUGGGUGCAACUUUCUGGAUGGUAUCUCAGCAGACUGACAUCAUACGAUCAACUAGUCGAUGGAGACUGUUCAACCUCGUUCUGGGAGCCAUUCACAUCUUUCUCUUCCUCAACGUGAAGUACGGCCAAUCCAGAUACCGCAUGGCUGGGUUCUACCUGGUCAUGUUCGUAGAGAACGUCUUUCUUCUUCUGGCCUCCUCCUGGUUGUUUACCAUGGUGUCCUGGGAUACUGUUGGCAUCCCAGCUGCAGUGUUCUGCAGCUUCCUCAUUGGAGUGAUAGCGUUGGUGCUGUACUAUCGUUUCCUCCACCCUAAAUCCUUUGAGAUUUUCCAGAGUAUUCGCCACAGAGGGAUAAGUGGAGCCUGCAUGGAGCGUGGAUCUACACUCACAUUGGAGGAGAAAGUCACACCCACUUUCCAUCGCCACGCAACUCUGUCUGGAGGUGGGACUCUCAUGGACCUUCCAAUCCAGUGGGAGGGCUGGAAACAUCACCACUGGCUGCUGAUUCGCUUGGCCCUGAAGACGGGGGAUGUAGCGAAGAUCUGGUCGGCGUAUGGCGAGGGGGGACUGGCAGGACUGAUGGGUCUGUCUGAAGAAGUUCACUCCCCAGAUGAACCUUAUGUCCCUCGGGUUCCACUUGUUCAACCACAGGUUCCUCAAAUCUCAUAUCCAGCUCCUCAACCGGCUCAACCACAGGUGACCCAGGCUCCACAGGUGAGAGAGGUGGUCCAGCCACCAAAGCCACCUCCCACCAGUAUAGUGGCCCGACCAGUGAGAAAAGCUCCUCCCACAACAAUCCAUGAUAUGAGAAGGUUUCCAGAGGUUCUCCCGGUCCAGGAGGUCAUUCCUGAGGAGAGUGCCGAGGAAGAGUCCAGUGCUCCACCAUCAGAGGAAAAAGGUGAUGAGGAGUUUCAGAGUGCAGCUUACGGCUCACCCACACUUUCAUCUCCACGGCAACCAGACAGCCUCCGCCACAUUGACAGCAACGCUCCAACCCUGACCGAGGCCUCGUCCUCCGCAGGCUCCCUGGACAUCAAGACUCCCGGCUGGUCGCCUGAGCGACGUUCCCCUCUCCUGAUUGGUUCACCAGAGAGAAAAGCAGGGAUUCCUGGAGAGUCCAGCACUACACUGUAUUUCAGCGCAGAUGCACAGUCUCCCUCCAGUGGGAGCUAUCUCGGCUGGGGCUCCGAGCUGUCUCCCAUCUCCAGCUACCGAAGUCCCUACAGGAUCAGGGAGGCUCGUUUUGUCACAUCCACCCCGCGACUGGAGCCUCGAGCUGGGGCUGAAAGUCCAGGCCCAGCCCCGGUUGUUGUGAUCCCUGCCACUCCAGGUGAAACACCAGGCACCACCCCUGACGGGACCCCUGUUGCUUCCACCACUGCUGUUUCUACGCCUGCUGCUUCAACACCUGCUGCUUCAAGCCCCGGCGCAUCGACUGCUGGUGCUACUACUCCGGGUUCUCCUGUCAUUCCACUCACUCCAGUCGUCUCCCAUGCUCGUAAACAGAUCGUCCAGUUUGUGGACAGUAGAGAGAGGGCAGUGUAA